AUGAAAGAGGAAAGAAACAAAUAUUCAGUUUCAGAGAAGGCCAUGCAGGCCUAUGCGGCACUGGGUGUUGGCUUUGUGUGUAUCAUCGUGGGUUUGCCACUGUGGUGGAAAACAACAGAAGUCUAUAGAGUACAGCUACCAUAUCAUGUAAUAGAUGAGCUAGCAAUGAGCAAGUUGAGUACUACUAUAGAUGUCACUGUGGUGAUCUAUGAGGAGAAUCUCAGUAAAAUAGACCUGGCAAGGUUUGGGGAAGAUCUCAAGAAUUCCUUAAACAAUGGGACAGAAUUUGAAAACUUUAGUAUUGUGUACAAAGGAAAUAUUCGGAAAGCAUAUGAUGAGGAGAGACAAGUUUACGAGGCUGCAAAAACAUUAGAAGAAUUAGAUGCUGCCCUAUACAAAGUUAAGCUUCUGAAAGAAAAUGGCAAAUACUGUAUUGUCAUCCUCCCAUCAACUUCUCCCCUGGCAUCUUCCAAUAUACAUGUGGGCAAACAAAGAACAACUUUUCUGACAGGUGAAAAUGGCUUGUUGUCAGUGUUAGAUGAUUUUACUAGGAUCAUAAAGGAAGUGGGGGCUAGACAGAAGGCGACAAAGGAGAGUAUGCGUGCUGUUCAUACCACCCCAGAAUAUGAGCUUACAUUCUCAUUGCUCAACCCACAGCCUGACAUGCUAGCUGUUGCCUGGCCCAUAGCUGCUGCUGUUGGAGAAUACCUUGAUCCACUAACUGAACAGUUUGCAGACUUUGCUAAGAUGAAUGUGAAAUCUCAAAUCUUGCACUACACUGGCCUCUCAGUUAAGACUAAGAAAGCUGACAAAGGGUCAUACCUAACAGAGGCAGAUCUACCUCAUCUCAUAAACCCAAUUGAAAGUCAGCUUAGUUCACAUAUAUCAAACUAUCCAAAUCUGAACUUCAUAGUUUACAUACCAUCCAGAGACCAAAGCCCCCUGACCAUUCAGCAUAACUCAGGUGAAACUUCAAAAACAAAUGCAUUUCUUAGUCCACAAUGGGGAGGCAUCCUGAUUUACAAUGUGGAGACCCCACAGAAUGUCUCACUUCCUGCUGCAGUUGAGGUUGACAUGAAGCCUGUUAUGCAGGUGUUCCUCGCUCAAUUGAGGCUUAUACUUGGUAUACCUACAGUAGUUGAAAAAGAGAAUAUAAAGUUUGCAAAAGCUGACAAUCAAGUUGUGACACUUUGGGAGUUAGACACAUGGCUGCGAACAAAGACAUUGGAGAAUGUUGCCAUGUCAUCCACAACAUUAAAGUCCCUUGCUCAACUCCUAGAACAGAUACCCAACAUUGUUAUAAAUGAUGAUAUAGGAAUGGAGGUGGAGAAAGCUGUUACCUGUAUACUUAAAAGUCAUAAAAACCUAAUCAGGGGAAAUCUCAGGGAUGCCUUUACAUACUCCAAAGAAGCUCUAAUUGCAUCAGAAAAAGCAUUCUUUGACCAGUCUUUACUGGAGCUGCUGUAUUUCCCAGAAGAUCAAAAAUUUGCAAUCUACAUUCCAUUGUUCCUACCUAUCAGCAUUCCAGUCCUCAUGUCAAUACUGCAAGCUGUUAAAUGGUUCAGAUCUCCAACAAAUAAAGUCACAAAACAGGAAUGAGUUAUGUAGAAAGACUAAGAAACUUUCCAUAUGGGACUUUAAACACUUUAUUUAUCACCAUGAUGGUCCGGUCCUCAGGUCCAUAAUUCAGGCUGUUUAAUAAGACUAAAAAUGUAAUGAAUGUACUAAUAGAGGGGACUUCUGGGUCUGCAAUGUGAUAAAAAAAGAAGGAUGGUAUAAUUUAACAGAUGUUGUAUUAUUUAUUACUUGCUCAAAAUAUCAAAGUAAAGAUAAAUACUGUCACAAACAAACCAGUCUAGACCAAGAUGGAUAUCUCUUUCAUAGUUUUUCACUGAAUUGCCUGUAAGUUUGACAAUCCUUUUCCAAAUUAAUGUGAUAAUAAAUGUAUGUAAUGGAAGAAGGAACUAUAAGAAGAAUACAUUUUUAAGAUUUAUGACAGACAUGAAAAAUGGAUGUCUUCUAACUGCUCAACAAUAAUUUUCCAUUAAAUUAUGUUUGUUAUGUAACUGACUAGAACGGCAUUGUGUCUAGUUCUUGGAAAUCACAUGUAGAUAUUUCCACAAAAAUUAUCAGUAGUAGAGACACUUUACCAUUACAUUUUUCAUGUCAAGAAUUGUUAAUGUAUUACAGUUUUGUAAAAAUGAUUGAAGAGUUGAAAAUGGAAUUUUUCACAUUCUGUAUUUCAAUGUCUAGACUACAAUUAAAUAAUAACUGCAAAUUUUUAGGUGAACCUAAGCAGGUCAAUGUAAAAUUUUCAUAAUUUUCAAUUAUUUUUAAAUGAAGAAUAAUCAGUUUUAACUUGAUUAUAUAGAAUGUAUUGAUUUGUCUUGUACUUUUAUAAAAGACAUGUUUUAGUAUUUCACAAUGUAUAUCUUUUUAGUUUUGUAAAUAAAAGUGGAGAAGUUCAAUUGAAUGUCAAUACUUAUUAUACAUAUACCAACAAUAUAUGCUUUUUUACGUCACAAAUACAUGUAGUAUAAUAAAAAUUGUGAAAAAC